AUUUAACAGUGGUCAAAGCUUUCAAUCCAUUUUCUUCCUCAUUAUUGCACAGCCAAGCCACAGAAUCAUCAUUUCACGAUAUACCCCAUCGACCUCCGUACUCACUUUAAAACCCACACUUGAGACAGGGUGUUCAUAUUACGAACGUCAUGUUCGAAGUUCCUGAGGCCAAACGUGUUCGACGAGAGGAAUUGUAUGAGUCUGCCUCGGACGAGGAGUCAACAGAGGAUGAUCAACUUGAUUCAACUUUACGUGGAAAACUGAACGCGCAGCUUUCUGGGUUGUUGGAACUUAGUUUUGGAGCAAAUGGAGAUGAUGAAAUACAAACCUCCCCAAUGUCUCGGAUAGGGGAUGCAAACGAAAAUCCCGUCGAUGAUGCCGAUGGUGCUCUAAAGUCUGGAGAAGAGGCAUUUACAUUUCGACUUUUCCGAAACGAAGAGCCUUCCCGGAAGGUUGUCCUCGAAUCCCAGGAUGCCAACAAUGAGAAGAACGGCGAAGGCGCCUUUGUGGUGGCCAAACGCCCUAUCUCGUACUACUUAGCCAGCGAGCCACCACCUGAAGUUGCACAAGGAUUCAGGAUGGCUGCUGUAAGCGCGGAGUACCUUCUGCAGGACGCGAAGAAGAGACGAUGGGGACUUGAAAAACCAUGGAAGGUGACAACUAUUACCAUCACUACUAAUAAGAAAACACCUGCUCUAAGUGGCUCCACUAGUAAUAAUGGAAUGAUUGGCAUAGGAAAGCAGAAGAAGAGACCGGGGAAGAAACGAAGAAUGAUUCUUAGGGUCCGGGAGAGAGCUAGAAAGGAGCGAGAUGAGACUGCAAAGAAACAACUUAUCGACAAGGAACAGCAUCUGAAAGAAAAGAAACAGAGACUAAACAAGCAGAAAAAACUCAAGCGGCGAGCCAAGGCAAGAGAGAUGAAACAGAGUAUGAGAGGUGAUGGAGCUUCUGAAAAGAAUAGUAGGGAUAGUAGCCCAAACUAGGAGUAGGAAUUAGGAUUAGCUUAAUGAACAAUAGAUGGAUGACUGUG